AUGUGCAGCGAGCGAACACCCAUUCUCGCAAAUGCAAUUCCUGCAUUUGAGAUGUUCAUGACUGCAUGGGAGAGGCUCGGCGAGAAGUUUCUGCACUUGGAACCAUAUACAAAGGUUGGCAUUGAAUGGGCGGUCAAGUAUUACAACAAGAUGGACUUGACAAAGGCAUAUGUGAUUGCAAUGGUCCUCAAUCCCUCCAUCCAUCUAUCAUGGAUUCAAAAAAAUUGGGAUGAAGAAUUCAUUGAUGAGGCCACCCAAACCAUCAAGGAUUUGGGAUUUGGUCUUGACGAGCUGGCUGAACACUACGGGCUUGAUGACCUGAUGGAUUUCACAGACAACAAUGCAUGCCGCAACCAGAGUAUCGACGAGGAGUUCGUGGCCUACUUUACGGCACCGCUUUCUGAGAAAGGGAUGGACAUUCUGAAGUUCUGGGAAAUCCAUGAAUCAAGUUUUCUGACUCUUUUUGCAAUAGCGCUCGACUACCUUCCCAUCCAAGCCUCAGCAGUACCUUGCGAGCACGUUUUUUCAUCAAGCGUGGAGACAGAUACAAAGCGAUGA